GCCGGCCUUCUUCCUUUCUCUUCGUUUGCUUUCCUCGCUCUCUGAAGCAGGAAAGCCUUGCAAAAUGGCAGUGGUGCAGGAGGAAACCAUGAUUGCAACACAUUUGAACCCAGAACGCAACGACGUUUCGACUGAAGAAGCUUCAGCAAAUGCUUUGAUCAGCGUUGAAAACCAAGUCUCCGGGAAAAACGAGAAGAUGUUCAGCGCCAAAAAAGGUACGGGCGGGGCCCCGUCAAUGCUGGGCCUGUGGACCACCAAGCGGGACGGGCAAGUGCGCCUGCGCUCAGAAGAGAGUGGCCUGGGUGCCCAGGAGCCCCUCACUGUCAAUCAGCUGCUCCUCCGCUCCAUCGCUAAGUUCGGGGACCUCCCGGCCUUGACCGCCAAGAAGAGCAAUGGCGAGUGGGAGCGCAUUUCCUUCCGGCAGUACUACCAGCAGUGCCGCCAGGCUGCACGCAGCUUCCUCAAGCUGGGCCUAGACCGUUUUCAUGGCGUCUGCAUUCUGGGGUUCAAUUCAGUCGAAUGGUUCAUCUCUGACAUCGCAGCCAUUCUUGCCGGGGGCUUUGCCGUCGGCAUCUAUACCACCAAUUCCCCAGAGGCUUGCAAAUAUGUUGCGGAAAACUGCAGCGCCAAUAUCAUCGUGGUCGAAAACGACAAGCAGCUGCAGAAGAUUUUGGAGGUGAAGAGCAAGCUUCCCCUCCUGAAGGCCAUCAUCCAAUACGGUGAAAGGAUCAAGGAGAAGAUGCCUAAUCUCUAUUCGUGGAGUGAGUUCCUUGCGCUGGGCGCCUCCAUCCCGGAGGACGUGCUGGACGUAGCCAUUGCCUCGCAGGUGCCCAACCAGUGCUGCACCCUCAUCUACACCUCCGGCACCACGGGGGACCCCAAGGGUGUCAUGCUCAGCCACGACAACAUCACGUGGACGGCGCGUGCUGCGGGGGAGUUUGUGAACCUGAUUGAAGGCACGGCACAGCAGCAGGAAGUGGUGGUCAGCUACCUGCCGCUCAGCCACAUUGCGGCUCAAAUGAUUGACAUCUGGCUGCCCUUGACCUUCGGUGUCCUGACUGCCUUCGCUCAGCCAGAUGCCCUCAAGGGCACGCUGGUGGAGACGCUGAAGGAGGUGCAGCCCACAGCCUUCCUGGGCGUCCCACGUGUCUGGGAGAAGAUGCAGGAGCGCAUGAAGGCCGUUGGGGCCAAGAACUCGGCCCUCAAGCGCCGCCUGGCUGCAUGGGCCAAGGCUGUUGGGCUGGAGACCAACCUCAAGCGCAUGACUGGGUCGCCGGAGGAGCCGCUGAAGUACCGCUUUGCGCGUGCGCUAGUGUACCGGAAGGUGCGCAAGGCUCUGGGGCUGGAGCGCUGCACCCGGUGCUACACGGCGGCCGCCCCCAUCGCUCGGGAGACGUUGGAGUACUUCCUCAGCCUGGACAUCCCCGUCUAUGAGCUUUACGGCAUGAGCGAGAGUACCGGCCCACACACUGUCUCCCACGCCGGCGCCUUCCGCAUCACUAGCUGCGGGAAGCCGAUGGUGGGCUGCCGAACACUGCUGCAUCGCAAGGAUGCGGAGGGCGUGGGCGAGGUGUGCUUCUUCGGGCGGCACGUCUUCAUGGGCUACCUGAACAUGGAGGAAAAGACCAAGGAGGCCAUUGACGAGGAGGGCUGGCUGCACUCGGGAGACCUGGGCAAGCACGACCACGACGGCUUCCUCUACAUCACCGGCAGGAUCAAAGAGCUGAUCAUCACGGCGGGGGGUGAGAAUGUGGCGCCGGUGCCCAUUGAGGACGCGGUCAAGGAGGCCCUGCCCAUCCUGAGCAAUGCCAUGCUGUUGGGCGACAAGGCCAAGUUCCUCUCCAUGCUUUUGACCCUCAAGUGCACCAUGAACCUGGAGUCCGGCGAACCCGAGGACACCAUGACCCCCGAGGCAGUGGAGUUCUGCCGGCGGCUGGGCAGCCGUGCCACCAAGGUCUCCGAGGUCGUGAACUUGCGUGAUCCCCUGGUCUACUCUGCCAUCCAGAAGGCCAUCACUGCUGUCAACAAGAAUGCCCCCUCCAACGCACAGAAGGUCCAGAAGUGGACUCUCCUUGAAAAGGACUUCUCCAUCGCCGGUGGAGAGCUGGGUCCCACCAUGAAGCUCAAGCGGCCUGUGGUGAUGCAGAUGUAUAAGGUGCAGAUCGACCGGAUGUACAAUGAAUCAUGAGGCGGCACCUGCCUUCUGCAACGGAUCCUCCUCCUUUUCCGUUUCCUCCCUCCUUCUUCUUCAACGAGGUUUCAAUAAAAGGGCAGCUCCACCA